GCCUCCCUUCCAAACUGUGCCAUGAGGUUCGAGGUGACCGGCUUGUAGGGGUGAGGGGGCAGCCAGGAGACCCUUUCUCUAGAAAGAACAGAGACAGUCCUGCCCCAGCCCCCACCACGCUUCGUCUGCCUCCCAACUCCAUGUCCACUUCUGUUUACUGUCCAAAGUCCCGGGGUCAGGAGAUGCCAGGUCACAGCCACUUGGACAUUCAGACACACGGCUCAGGGCCCUCACCUGGACCAGCCCCCUCCCCUCCUCUGUCCUGCCAGCAGCACCUGCCCCGCUUCUCCUGGCUCCAGCUCCUUCUUAGCCUCGGGGCCUGGGCUGCCUGAGGGACCGGGAGUAAGUCCUCCACACCUUUAGCAGGUGCAGCUCGGCCCUGGACCCAGCAUGGAGAAGGACUUCCAAGACAUCCAGCAGCUGGACCCUGAGGAAAAUGACCACCAGCUGGGCAGGGGCGAGGGGCCAGGCCCCCGUGGACACAGUCCCGGGAGAGAAGAUGCAUUUUGGAAAGCCCCUGGCAACCACCAUCCCACCCUGUUCCUAUGAGUUUGACUGUUGGAUAAGUGGACACAAGGAAACUGAGGCGCCAAGAGGAGCGCCCCCUCCCCAGCCCCUUCUGCUGCGGACUCUCUGCUCCAGCUUCUGGCUCAGUCUGCUGAUCCUGGGCUUCAACGUCCUGCUGCUGGUGGCCGUCUGCGUGGUCGGGUCCCAGAGAGCACAGAUGCAAAGGGAGUUUUGGGCCCUAAAAGACGCUUUCAGCAACUUCUCCGCCAGCGCCCUCGCCGAGAUCCGGACGCUCAGCUUCCACGGAGGCAGCACAGGCGACAGAGUGACAUCUCUGGAAGCCAAGCUGGAGAAACAGCAGCUGGAGCUGAGAGCAGAUCACACCACCUUGCUCUUUCACCUGAAGCACUUCCCAGCCGACGUGCGCAUCCUGUCCUGUCAGAUGGCCUUCCUGCGAAGCAACGGCACGGAAUGCUGCCCGGUUAACUGGCUGGAGUAUGAAGGCAGCUGCUACUGGUUUUCUCGCUCUGGACUGACCUGGCCCGAGGCUGAGAAGUACUGCCAGCUGGAGAACGCCCACCUGGUCGUCAUCAACUCCAGAGAGGAGCAGAGAUUCAUUGCACAGCACUCAAGCCCCUUUCACACCUGGAUAGGACUCACUGAGAGCAAUGGCUCCUGGAAGUGGGUGGACGGCACUGACUAUGGGAACAGCUACAGGAACUGGGCCUUUGGUGAACCAAACAACUGGCAGGGGCACGAGCAGGGCGGAAAUGAAGACUGUGCCGAACUCCGGGAGGAUGGGCGCUGGAACGACGAUUUCUGCCUGCAGGUGCAGCGCUGGGCGUGCGAGAUGACACGGAACAUCACUGGCUAGGAGCCCUGACCCCAGCAGAUCUCCACCUGCACCCCACCCCUACCCUGCUCCCAGCUUCUCUACUGGGGAUUUGGAAGAAAGGAAGAACAGGCAGGGGCAUUGGGAGGAGCGGAGGGAGGAUGGAACAAAAUGGUUUCAGAAUCUCAGACCCCAGGACACAGAUCCCGCCUCUUCCUGCUACUCACUGUGAGGGCCACCAUUUCCAGCCUCCUAGGUGGAGAAGGAAAAAAUAAAGGAAACACUUGACACUC